AUGGCUUUGCUACCGCUCUUGUUAGAGGAAACUUUUCCUCUUCCACGAAGAGAUUAUUUAUCCAUAUUUGCCCCAGAAGAAGACUCUCUUCGCUUGAGAAACGCUAUCAAUCAAUUGGUAAAUUUGGAAAAAGACACUUCCAUUACCGUUGACAAGGACCAAUUCCAAGCCAACAUCGACGUCCAACAAUUCACUCCUGAAGAAAUCACUGUAAAACUAGAAGAUGAAAACAGCGUCACUGUAGAGGGCAAACAUGAAGAGAAGCAGGAUGAACAUGGCUACAUUUCCAGACAUUUUGUGAGGAAAUAUGUGCUUCCGGAGGAUUGUGACGUUAAAAAGUUGCAGUCGAAAUUGUCCAGUGAUGGAGUCCUUAGCAUUUCAGCGCCGAAAAGAAGGAAAAUAACUAAGCAGAAAUACAGGGAAAUUCCUAUUGUGCGAACAGGGCCUUUGAGGAAACUUGGAGCAGGCAAACAUAAUAAAAAUAAUGUUUAG